AUGACAGUCUACACUCCCUUCAAGUUGUGUUGCAUCCUAUCAGGGAUCGUUCUGCUUUACGUAUGUGCUACCAGUAGCAACCACAACGUGCUAAUAUUACUUCCCGUCGUGAUACCAUCAUCGUCUUUAUCAUCCAAGAAGAAGACGGCCUUCUUGUUGCUCCAAGACUUUCGAAUGUGUCGUAUUCGACCCGAGCCGGUGAUCGGCGAACCGUGGGUGGAAAUGGCAACCAUGGCACGACAUGGACUUCCACCCGUCGACUAUCAGUGUUCUGGCAAGCCCUAUCAUCAGUUUGCGGGGCUCUUGGAAGACCUCAUUCUAACCGAGUCGUCGUCCUCAUUGUCCCUGUGGGGCAAACGAGACACUUUGGUUCCCUUGUCGAACAACAACUCUACUACCAAUAACGGACGGACCAUUUUGUUCAUGGGCAACAGUCAUACACGACAAACCGUCCAAGCACUCUUGUGUCAGUACCAGGACCAAAUUGUAUCCUACCAAACACUCUCCGAACCAGGCGCCUUUGUGGUGGAGAUGCAGCACAAUUUGACUAUCUACGCGGCGUGCAACAGUCCCUUUGUCGCAUCCAAAUCAUGGUACAAAACGUUGGAACAACGAAUCGUAAAACGUCCUUUGGCAACCGGUGUGGAUGCCAUUGUCUUGGGACAUUUCAAUACGGCACAAGAAUCCGUCAAAACAAACUAUGGACAAAUGAUGAUGCAACAACACUAUAAUAACAAUACUGGUGCCAAUUUUCCCAAGGCACCCACCAUGGACACUGUGGCGGCCAUGUACACGGGUCCUGUGAUUUGGGUGGGAAUGUAUGCCCAGCGCAAUCUACCGUUUCAUCAGCAAGCCGUAGACUACACUCUGCGAAAUCAUCAUUUGUCACGGUCCAACCUGCGUGCUGUCUACGCCCGACGGUACAUUGACAAACUAAUAGCAGCACAACUACACGAACAUGAACAAGCCAACAACAAGAAGAAACUGGCAGUGGAGGAAUGCAGCAUUGAUGGCCGCACCGCUGUGGGGACCUGUGAUACCGAUCCAACGGGAACGCGAUUUCGAGAUGGGCAUCGGUGUACGGGAUCUCGGGGAGGGCAUCCGGAUUUGAUUGCAUGGGAUGUCGUGGAAGCCUUGCAUAAUGUCCUUUCAUAGCUGCAAGAGAAUGGGGGAAAACGCGCAAAGCUAGCUAGCUAGAUGUCUAGAGUGGAGAUUGAACUGGCCUAAGAAGCAACGGUUCUUGCUUCAGUGCAAAACGUCGUGCCGGCAGUGGCAAAAGGAGACAAUCACGGGGGACACGCUUACGCCGCUCCUGUCAAGGUGAUAACCACCACAUUCAUUUAGCUAGGCUGGCAUCCGAUAUAUUCGUCGUUGUCAACCUGCACAGCCAAGAUUUGAUGCUCGAGAGUCCAUUGAGAGCACUUCAUUGGUGGUACGGUACCAUAGCUACGAGAAUCCUGUACCCGCAUGAUGGCUAUUGUUAUCACGAAAGGGAAGCCCCGCCAGUUUUGGCUUAUGUGGACCAGCACAGCGGCAGCAUAAACGGUACCAACAACCACAACUGUACAUCGUAUCGGCGGCUAAUUCAGUAGCGAAACUUCCGAGCCAAUAAUCUAUAGAAGCAUUGUCCAGAACAACGCCCGGCUAUUCGGUGGUGUGGACAACUCUUCUUACCAAUCCAGGUAUCUCCACAAAGCCUCCAGACCUUCCCAAGGCAUGUACGGCAGCGUAAGCUAGCUAAAAGAAUGAAAUGGAAAACAAGAGCCAAGGAAGAUAGAUACUAUUCUCAGAGGUUUAUGCAUCAUCAGACAACUAGCUAACCAAGCAGACAACCAUAACCCAACUCUUUGUGCUCAACAGAAGCUCAGGCAUUUUGAGACAGGAAGUCUUGAAUCCAAGCCCAAGUUUCUUGGUAACAUGUAGGGGCAUUCCACAAAUCAUAAAAAUUCCAUGCGCAACCAUUUCCAAUUGCAUAUUUCAACACAUCCAAAUUUCCAAAAUUUGUAGCACAAUAACUUGUCCCUACAUCCCAAGGACACCCAUGUUCAUGGGCAUAUUUGAGCAUUUCCAAGUCGCCCUUCCGAGCAGCUUCGGAGCAUGUCUUCUCAUCCCACAAGCAACCAUUUUCAUGGGCAUACUUCAAGAUUGCUAAAUGGCCAAUGAAAGGCAGCACGCGCACAAGUGGUUGCAUUCCAAGGACACCCAUUUUCAUGGGCAUACUUCAGGAUAUCUAAAUGGCCACACAUUGCAGCUUCAGAGCAAGUCUUUCCAUCCCAUGGACACCCAUUUUCAUGGGCAUA